AGGACUAGCAUCGCACGUCCGCGUGUCCAGCAUAAUUUGCCAGCAAACCUGCAAGCCGGCAACAUCUCUUCGGGACUAUAUUUGCUCCGCCAGCUAAAUUUUGCAACAAAAACCUUUCGUUGACUCGUCAGCAGGCAUGGCUAUGGAAAUAGAUUCAGCAAAACCGACACAAAUGAAAGACGAUGACCUAUUCAAGGCCGCUGAAUCAGGCGAUUCUGAGCUUUUCAAAUCUCUCUCCGAAGACCAGCUUGUCAAAGCCCUUGCUCUCCGCAACGAAGAUCGCCGCUCUCUUCUUCACGUUGCUGUCUCUUCAGCCCACGCGGAGGUUGUGAAGAUACUGUCUGCUGCUGACUCUUCAGUUAGUGGCAUAAACUGUGGAGAUGAAGAAGGUUGGGUACCCCUUCACUCUGCUGCAAGUAGUGGGAAUAUAGACAUUGUGGAGAUUUUGCUUAGCCGAGGAGCUAAUGUGAAUUUAAAGAAUGAUGGUGGUCGCACUGCUCUGCACUAUGCUGCAAGCAAAGGCCACCUCAGGAUAGCUGAAAUUCUGAUUUCGCACAAUGCGAAGAUCAAUGCAAAAGACAAGGUUGGGUGCACCCCAUUGCACCGUGCAGCCAGCACAGGGAACUCUGAGUUGUGCGAACUCUUAAUUGAGGAGGGAGCAGAAGUGGAUGAAGUGGACAGAGAAGGGCAGACUCCUCUCAUGACUGCUGUUGUAUGCCACAAUAAAGAUGCAGCCCUGCUUCUUAUAAGACAUGGAGCAAAUGUUGAUGUCGAGGACAAGGAAGGCUACACUGUGCUUGGCCGAGCUUCAGAUGAUAUUCGGCCUUUGUUAAUUGAAGCUGCUAAGACGAUGCUUGAAGGAUGAACUCUAAAAAUUACACAGGCUAACUAUUAUCAGCGCUUCAGCGUGUGAGCUUUUAUUAGACCAUAGCCAGCAGAUUGUUGUGAUGAAUAUUGUCCUCAAUGUUAGACCACCUUUCCUGCUUUUGCCUACAACUUGAGUCGAUCUUUCUACAGUUAUGAUGCUCCAAGUGAUGUUAGAGAGCGAGCCCUUUAAAUAUGUAGGGAAUUUGAAAAUGCAGUAUUUUUUCCUGAAGUAUCUUUCCCUUG